AUGGCCGAGGAAUCAUCCAACGACGGUUCCAUCACGGCGGAGAAGCUGCCCCAAAUCCUCAGCAGCGAUGUCAAGGUCAAGGUGGCCGGCGUGGACGUCGACGGCAUGCUGCGGGGCAAGCUCAUGUCCAAGAAGAAGUUCCUCUCGAUCGUCAGCAGCGGCUUCGGCUUCUGCUCCGUCAUCUUUGGCUGGGACAUGCACGACAUGACGUAUUUCCGCGAGCUCCGGAUCAGCAACAAGGAGAACGGGUACCGGGAUAUCCUGGCCGUCCCAGACCUGCAGACGUUCCGCCGCAUCCCGUGGGAGGACAACGUGCCGUUCUUUCUGCUUCGCUUCUUCGACCCGGACACAAUGGCGCCAUUGAGCGUCUGCUCACGCGGCCUGCUCACCAGCCAGCUCGACAAGCUCAAAGAACGGGGUUUCGGCGCCAUGGCCGGAGUCGAAUACGAGUUCUUCAACUUCCUGACGCCAUCCGACACUCCGGGCGCAGACAGGAAGCCAUCCACAGCCACGUACCUGGCCAACAACCCGGUGCAGUCCCUGCCACCACUGACACAAGGCAUGUUCGGCUACAGUCUGACGCGACCGGUGGUCAACAAAGACUUUUACUACGACAUCUUCGAGACGUGCAACAAGUUCAAGUGUGACAUCGAGGGCUGGCACACGGAGAGCGGCCCAGGCGUGUACGAGGCGGCGCUGGAGUUUGGCAAGAUUCAGGAAAUGGCCGACCGGUCAAGCCUGUUCAAGUUUGCCGUCAAGUCGGUGGCUGUCAAGUACGGCAUCACGCCAUGCUUCAUGGCCAAGCCGCGCCAAGGUCUUCCGGGCAACAGCGGCCACGUGCACAUUUCCCUGGUGGAUGAGAAGACGGGCAAGAACCUGCUGGCUCGGGACACACCUGACGCUGAUGCGCCAUGGUCCGACAUUGCGCAUUUGUCCGAGAUGGGACGCUACAAGCGCCUGGUCGAGAACUUCUGGGCCCCCGUUACCGUGUCCUGGGGGCUGGAGCACCGGCAAGCGUCUGUCCGGCUGAUCUCGCCACCCACGUCCAAGCCGGGCGCCACGCGCUUCGAGGUGCGCGUGGCUGGUGCCGACGCGAACCCGCACUUUGUUCUUGCUGCCAUCCUCGCUCUGGGCUGGCGCGGCGUCGAGAAGAAGCUGCCGAUACCGUGCCCGCCCCUGGGCAAGCAAGACGGCGCAGGCACGACGAACGACGGUGGCGAGCGGUUGGCCCGCAGUCUGCGGGAGGCCACCAACCGCUUCAUGGCCCCGACAAGCAUUGCCCGGGAGGUGUUUGGCAACGAGUUUGUCGACCACUUUGGCGGAACGAGAGAACACGAAAUCCGCCAAUGGGACGAAGCCGUGACAGACUGCAUAAAACAAGUCUGCCCGGUAUCGCAUCCAGCAGGAGCCCUAGAAGGGCGGCAUGAGACGGAGGUAACAGCGGACGGGAAGCGGGAAGUGCUGUAUCCGUUUGCCUUCAAGAGCCUUGACUGGGACGUCUACCACCAGUUCCGGCCCGUCUAUCCCGCGUCUCUCUUCUCGAUGUGGCUGGCGCAUCACAAGAGUCACGGUGGCAGCCUUAACACGGCCCACGAUCUCGGAUCGGGUCCUGGGACUGCAGCCGCGGUGAUCGCCCACCACUUCGCCAAGGUGGUCGUGUCCGAUGCCGGUGCGGCCAACCUGGCGACGGCCAGAGCCAACCUGGUGCCGUCCGAGCGCUUUGCCUUCCACCAAGGUCCCGCCGAGCAGGCCAGCGCCUGGCUGCCUCCCCGAUCAGUGGACCUGUCGUCCGUCUGCAUGGCCUUUCACUAUAUGGACGGCGAGGCCACCGUCCGCUCGGUCGCGGCAACGCUGAAGCCCGGUGGCAGCCUGGUUGCCGUGACGUACGGCUUCCGCCUGCUGUUCCCGGGAAACCCGCGUGCCGAGACGCUGUGGUACGGCGCCGCGAGCCGCGAGACGCUGCGGCUCCUACGUGAAGGCCGGAUCUUCCCGGCUGCUGUACAGGGCCUGGCCAAGUCCAUGACCGGCCUCGACUUUGUGCCCUUGCCGGGGGACCUGUUUGAACCAGGUGCUCGCCGGGUCUACAUCAAUGUAUCGCCAGACGAGCCGCGGCCGUUCUGCUUUGUCGAUCCGGACGCGGCCCUGUGGCAAGAGGCACCAAGCCAGGUGGCGCCUGAGGAUGCGCGCGAGUACAUGUGCGACCGAUCGUGGGGCCGCCAGGCGGACACGGCCUGGCUUCGCGGCUUCUUGGCGAGCUGCCAUCUGGGCUUUGACGACACUACCUGGGCUGUGGACGAAUGGCAGGAGCUGGAGGCGAUUGUCCAUGCGCAGCCCAACGGCACGAUCGCGAUCGAGUGGCCCGUGUCUGUGAUUCUGGCGACACGGAAGAUGGAAGGGGAAUCAUAG